GCCGGAGGCGGGCUCCAAGCCCCAGGCUCCUCAAAACGCAGCAACUGCCUCGGGCCCGUCCCAUCCCGUCCUGUAGUUUCUGUCUGCCAGGGCACCGCGUUCUGUGGACUACAGUCAUGGCGAAGCCGCUGAGUGACCAGGAGAAGCGGCGGCAGAUCAGCAUCCGUGGCAUCGUAGGCGUGGAGAACGUGGCCGAGCUGAAAAAGGGCUUCAACCGGCACCUGCACUUUACGCUGGUCAAGGACCGCAACGUGGCCACACCCCGCGACUACUACUUUGCACUGGCACACACGGUGCGCGACCACCUCGUGGGCCGCUGGAUCCGCACGCAACAGCACUACUACGACAAGUGCCCCAAGAGAGUUUAUUACCUGUCCCUGGAGUUCUACAUGGGCCGUACAUUACAGAAUACCAUGAUCAACCUGGGCUUGCAGAAUGCAUGUGACGAGGCCAUCUACCAGCUUGGAUUGGAUAUGGAAGAGCUGGAAGAAAUUGAAGAAGAUGCUGGACUUGGCAAUGGUGGUCUUGGGAGGCUGGCUGCCUGCUUCUUGGAUUCCAUGGCUACACUGGGGCUUGCAGCCUAUGGGUAUGGCAUCCGAUAUGAGUACGGCAUCUUUAAUCAGAAGAUCCGAGAGGGAUGGCAGGUAGAAGAGGCGGAUGAUUGGCUCAGGCACGGAAACCCAUGGGAGAAGGCCCGCCCUGAGUUCAUGCUGCCCGUACACUUCUAUGGAAAAGUGGAGCACACCCCGACCGGGACCAAGUGGGUCGAUACACAGGUGGUCCUGGCUCUGCCUUAUGACACCCCCGUGCCUGGUUAUAUGAAUAACACCGUCAACACCAUGCGCCUGUGGUCUGCUCGGGCGCCCAAUGACUUUAACCUCAGAGACUUUAAUGUUGGAGACUACAUUCAGGCAGUGCUGGACCGAAACCUAGCGGAAAACAUCUCCCGCGUCCUCUAUCCCAAUGAUAAUUUUUUUGAAGGAAAGGAGCUCCGGUUGAAGCAGGAGUACUUCGUGGUGGCUGCCACCCUGCAGGAUGUCAUCCGGCGUUUUAAAGCCUCUAAGCCUGGCUCCUCCAGCAGUGUGGGAACAAUGUUUGAUGCCUUUCCCGAGCAGGCAACCAUUCAGUUGAAUGACACUCACCCUGCGCUCGCCAUCCCUGAGCUCAUGAGGAUUUUUGUGGAUAUUGAAAAGCUGCCCUGGGCCAAGGCCUGGGACAUCACCCGGAAGACAUUUGCCUACACCAACCACACUGUGCUCCCGGAAGCCCUGGAGCGCUGGCCAGUGGAGCUGGUGGACAAGCUGCUGCCCCGUCACUUGCAGAUCAUUUAUGAGAUCAACCAGAAGCACUUGGAUAGAAUUGUGGCCUUGUUUCCUAAAGAUGUCGACCGCAUGCGAAGGAUGUCUCUGAUUGAAGAGGAAGGAGGCAAAAGAAUCAACAUGGCGCAUCUCUGCAUCGUGGGCUCCCAUGCUGUGAAUGGGGUGGCUAAAAUCCACUCGGACAUCAUCAAGACCCAAGUAUUCAAGGACUUCAGUGAGCUUGAACCUGACAAGUUCCAGAAUAAAACCAAUGGGAUCACUCCGAGGCGCUGGCUCUUGCUGUGCAACCCGGGGCUUGCAGAGCUCAUAGCAGAGAAAAUUGGGGAGGACUACGUGAAAGACUUGAGUCAGCUGACGAAGCUGCACAGCUUCCUGGGUGACGAUGUGCUCCUCCGAGAAAUUGCCAACGUGAAGCAGGAGAAUAAGCUGAAGUUUUCCCAGUUCUUAGAAAAGGAAUACAAAGUCAAGAUUAACCCCUCUUCCAUGUUUGAUGUCCAUGUGAAGAGGAUCCACGAGUACAAGCGGCAGCUCCUGAACUGCCUGCACGUGAUCACCAUGUACAACCGUAUUAAGAAAGACCCUAAGAAGUUGUUUGUGCCAAGGACGGUUAUAAUUGGUGGCAAAGCUGCUCCAGGAUAUCACAUGGCCAAAAUGAUCAUAAAGCUGAUUACAUCAGUGGCUCAGGUGGUGAACAAUGACCCUGUGGUUGGAAGCAAGUUGAAAGUCGUCUUUUUGGAGAACUACAGAGUGUCGCUUGCAGAAAAAGUCAUUCCGGCCACAGACCUGUCAGAGCAGAUAUCCACCGCAGGCACCGAAGCCUCAGGAACAGGAAAUAUGAAGUUUAUGCUGAAUGGGGCCUUGACCAUCGGGACCAUGGAUGGAGCCAACGUGGAAAUGGCAGAGGAAGCCGGGGAAGAGAACCUGUUCAUCUUUGGCAUGAGGGUAGAUGAUGUGGCUGCUUUGGACAAAAAAGGGUAUGAGGCAAAAGAAUACUACGAGGCCCUUCCAGAGCUGAAGCUGGUCAUUGACCAAAUUGACAACGGCUUCUUUUCCCCCAAGCAGCCAGACCUCUUCAAAGACAUCGUGAACAUGCUGUUUUAUCAUGACAGAUUUAAAGUCUUUGCAGAUUACGAAGCCUAUGUCAAGUGUCAAGAAAAAGUCAGUGAGCUGUACCUGAAUCCCAAGGCCUGGAACACCAUGGUACUCAGAAACAUAGCUGCCUCGGGGAAAUUCUCCAGCGACCGAACAAUUAAGGAAUAUGCCAGGGACAUCUGGAACAUGGAACCUUCAGAUCUCAAGAUUUCCCUAUCUCAUGAAGCUAGCAAUGGUGUGAACAAAGGUGAUGGAAAAUGACUUAAAAGGCCUUUGGGAGAAGUAGCUUCUUACUGAACUCGAACAUUUUUAUGACA